GCCCUUGCGGCUGCCAGAAGGAGACUGCAGCCCCGGAGCCCCAGGCCCCGCCCGCCCAGGGCCCUUCCCGGGAGGCCGGGAGACCUGCUCCUCCUGGCCCUCCGUGGGUGAGUGCUGGCGGCCGGCGGCGGGUGGGGCCUCCGCGGGCGGAGGCACAGGGAGCGGGGGCGACGCCUGUCAACGCUCCAGGCCUAGCAGGAGGACUAGCCAACAUCCCUGCUGCUGUGUUCGGCCCGGGGCGUGCCGGUGGCUGCUCCCACUUCUGGGCCUGUGCUGGGGCAGCCCGGGGGCUCUACUACUUUGGCAUUGCAGACCCGGCAGCCAGAGUCUCGGACUAGGCUCUCUCUCCUCGAGGGCACAAUCGUUGGGCGGAAACUGGCCGGUUGACCCACAGCGGCCACGGCCAUGCCCACCUGGCCCUGGGGGCUGCUGCUGACCGCGGGCACGCUCACCGCUGCACUGAGCCCAGGGCUGCCGGCCACCGCCGACCCCUGCUAUGAUGAGGCAGGUGAGCCCCGCUGUUGUAUUCCGGGCCUAGUGAACGCUGCUCUGGGCAGAGAGGUGCUGGCGUCCAGCACGUGCGGGAGGCCGGCCAAUCGCAUCUGCGAUUCUUCGGACCCGCAGCGGGCACACUCUGCAGAUCUCCUGACCUCUGUUCCGGGCACUGCAAGUCCUCUCUGUUGGCGCUCCGAUUUGCUGCAACGGGCACCCUUCAAUGUUACCCUCACGGUGGCUCUGGGGAAGGCUUUUGAACUGGUCUUCGUGAGCCUGCGCUUCUGUUCAGCUCCCCCAACCUCCGUGGCCCUGCUUAAGUCGCAGGACCAUGGCCGCAGCUGGGUUCCCCUGGGCUUCUUCUCCUCCAGCUGUAGCCUGGACUAUGGCCGUCCGCCUGCUCCUGCUGGUGGCCCUGCUGGUCCAGGGCCAGAAGCCCUCUGCUUCCCAGCCCCCCAGGCCCAGCCUGAUGGUGGAGGACUUCUGGCCUUCAGUGUGCAGGACGGCAGCCCACAGGGCCUGGAUCUGGACAACAGUCCCGUGCUCCAAGACUGGGUGACUGCCACAGAUAUUCGCAUAUUACUCACAAGGCCUGCCAUCCUGGGGGACACCAGGGACCCGGUGGUCACAGUCCCUUACUCCUACUCAGCCACCGAACUCCAGGUGGGAGGACGAUGCAAGUGCAAUGGGCAUGCCUCACGGUGUCUGUUGGACAGCCAUGGCCAUCUGAUCUGCGACUGCCAGCAUGGUACAGAGGGCCCUGAUUGUAGCCGCUGCAAGCCCUUCUUCUGCGACAGGCCAUGGCAGCGAGCUACAGGGCAGGAAGCCCAUGCUUGCCUUGCUUGCUCCUGCAAUGGCCAUGCCCGAAGAUGCCGCUUCAACAUGGAGCUGUACCGACUGUCUGGCCGUCGCAGUGGGGGUGUGUGCCUCAAUUGUCGACACAAUACUGCUGGUCGACACUGCCACUACUGCCGGGAGGGCUUCUAUCGUGACCCAGGCCGUGUCCUGAGUGACCGUCGUGCUUGCAGAGCUUGUGACUGCCAUCCAGUUGGUGCUGCUGGCAAAACCUGUAACCAAACCACAGGCCAGUGUCCCUGUAAGGAUGGUGUUACUGGCCUCACCUGUAACCGAUGUGCCCCAGGCUUCCAACAGAGCCGUUCUCCUGUGGCGCCCUGUGUUAAGACCCCUGUCUCUGGACCCACUGAAGAAAGCAGUCCUGUGGAGCCGCAGGGUGAGUGGACACCGGACUCCCAGACUGACUGUGAGUCGCAUUGCAGACCUGCGCGUGGCAGUUACCGGAUCAGCCUGAAGAAGUUCUGCAGGAAGGACUAUGCCGUGCAGGUGUCAGUGGGUGCGCGCGGCGAGGCCCGCGGCGUGUGGACACGCUUUCCGAUAGCAGUGCUUGCUGUGUUCCGCAGCGGCGAGGAGCGCGCUCGGCGCGGGAGCAACGCGCUGUGGGUACCAACCCUAGACGCGGCCUGCGGUUGCCCGCGCCUCCUACCCGGCCGGCGUUACUUGCUGCUGGGGGGCGGGCCUGGGGCUGCAGUUGGAAGCACAGCGGGCCGGGGACCCGGACUUAGCGCUGCCCGAGGAAGCCUCGUGCUGCCUUGGAGAGAUGCUUGGACUAGGCGCCUGCGGAGGCUACAGAGGCGCGAGCGGCGGGGGCGCUGCGGGACCGCCUGAACCUGCAAACCGGGCGUGGACUGGGCG